CACAACUAGUACAGAAAGGACCAUGCUAUCGUUCACAUGUUGGGUGCUCCUAAUUUUGUUUAGUUUCCACGUGUCCCUUGGCCAACGGCACUGGCUGUACUACAGCUGGAGCUUCCAAUAUCUCCGGCCGGACGUCCCAACUCGGGCUCCACUGGUAACGUCCCGAUGCGCCGCCAAUGAGACGUACCGCCGCGUUGGACGGCCCUGUGGGAAAUCGUGCGGCACGUACGGUCAGCUGUGCGCCAUGAAGCGCAUCAACCGGUGCCAGUGUCUGGUCGGGUUCGCCCGGAACCGGUCCGGGGCGUGCAUCUACCACAAGCACUGCCCGGUGAACCUUCAGGAUGCCGAGUUUUUGGAGUUUGUGUGAUUGUUUUCGAACAAGUCCACUAGCUAAAAGAGAAGCCUUAAAACGCCCUCGACAAUUAAAACACGAUUUGCAAUGUAAAUUCACGAAUAGGAAGUAACGAAACAAAAACAG